AUGCACUCCCUUACCGCACUUCUUCUAGCCUCCACUGUGGUGACGGGCGUCAUGGCCGUGCCUGGAGAAUACCACAAGCGCCACGCUAAGCGCCAAACCAUCACUACCAGCCAGACUGGAACCAACAACGGUUAUUACUAUUCUUUCUGGACCAACGGAGGUGGUACUGUGGACUACACCAACGGGGAUGCCGGCGAGUACAGUGUCACCUGGGAGGACUGUGGUGACUUCACUUCCGGCAAAGGAUGGGCAACCGGCGCUGCUCGUGAUAUCACAUUUGACGGAUCCUUCGACCCGAGUGGAAAUGCGUACCUUUCUGUCUACGGCUGGACUACCAGCCCAUUGGUAGAAUACUACAUCCUUGAGAACUAUGGCGAUUACAACCCUGGCAGCGCCAUGACCUAUAAGGGAACCGUCACCAGUGAUGGGUCCAGCUACGACAUCUACGAACAUCAGCAGGUCGAUCAGCCUUCCGUUAGUGGCACUGCUACCUUCAAUCAGUACUGGUCAAUUCGUUCGGACACUCGCUCCAGUGGUACUGUCACCACAGCGAAUCAUUUCGAUGCAUGGGCUGCUCUUGGAAUGGAUCUGGGCACAUCAUACAACUACCAGAUUGUCUCCACUGAAGGUUAUGAGAGCAGUGGGUCUUCUACUAUCACUGUCUCUUAA